AUGCACCACGCGCUCGAGAUUCUACAUGUGGUGACGCCCUGCGUCACCCUUCUUCCUGCAAUAGCGCUUGCGUUUCCGCCCGCAACCCCGCCAGCGGCCCCAGAGGGUGUCCGCGCCAUCACCGUCAAAACAGUCACGCCGCGGCGGAGCCUGAUUCUGACCGUCCUGUGCUUUAUCGCCGUCACAUUCUUCGCCGAGGGCGUCGUCCUCAUCCUCGACCUCCUCACCUCGCCCUACCGCCCGCACGCCGGCGAGCACGCGCGCUGGUGGGUCCUCUCGUCCGCUUGGUGGGUCGUCGGCGGCCUGUCGAGCUAUGCCCUCGCGGCGCUCUGCUCCGAGUGGCGCCUCCGCUGGGGAAGCUACUGGCUCAUCGUCCUCGCUCUGCUCGGCUUUGGCCUCGAAGUGCCCAACCUCGUUCUCUCUGUCCGGAGGGAGAUCUCGAUUCGCGUCGAGCAGCGCGCAGGUGCUGCCGCAUCACCUGUCGCACGCCAAGUCAGGCGGCGAUGCCACGCCGGUCCUCAGCUCGAGCAAGAAGCCGAUCAAGAUCAACCAGCAGCUCGGUCAGAAGAAGGAGGAGAUCCAGGGCCUGUCGUGGCGGGCGUUCAUGAGCCGGCUGUGGAAGCUGCGUCGACGAGCCUGCCGCUGCAGCUCGCCGUUGCCGCAUGCGUCGUCAUUCUGCUCUUCACGUCGUUCAUCGUCAACCCCGCCGUGCCCAACGUGUUUGGAGAGUUCGUCCGCCGCCUCGCCCGCGUCUCGAACGGACGCCCCGGCCCGUCUAUCUGGACGCCGUUCGUGUUCUGGAUCGGUCUCAAGUGGAUCCAGGGCAAUGGAGGCCUUGCCAUUGUCCAGAACCUGCUCUGGAUUCCCGUUCAGCAGAACGCCGAUCGCGAGAUGCAGAUGCUCCUGUUCAACCAUCUGCUCAACCUCUCGCUCUCGUUCCACACGACGCGCAACACGGGCGAGGUCCUCAAGAUCCUCGACCGCGGUUCGUCUAUCAACAAUCUCCUGCACACGCUUCUCUUCUCCGCCGUGCCGACCGUGCUCGACAUUGUCGUCGCAUGCACCAUCUUCUACUUCCUCUACGGUCCCUACCUUGCGACGUACAUCGCCUUCUUCAUGACCAUCUAUGUUGUCUUUUCGGUCGUCUUCACCGGCUACCGCACCAAGCUCCGUCGUCUUGCUGUCGACAAGGACGUCCGCACCCGUGGUAUCGCCAGCGACAUGCUCGCCAACUGGGAGAGCGUCAAGAACUUUACGUCUGAACACCGCGAGGCGAACCGCUACCACGAGUCGAUCCUGUCGUACCAGGAGACCGAGGGACAGGUGCUCCGCAGCUUCUCCCUGCUCAACUUGGGUCAGGCCUGGAUCAUGUCAAUGGGUCUUCUCACCGGCUCGCUCAUCAUCGCCAACCGCGUCCUCCGUGGCGAGGCCGAUGUUGGUGACUUUAGUGCUUUCCUCGCCUAUCUCUCCCAGGUCUUUGGUCCGCUCGACCGCCUCGGCACGCUCUACCGUGUCCUGAACCAGAAUGCGACUGACGCUGAGAAGCUCUUCCAGCUGCUCGGCCAGCCGACCGAGAUCAAGGACAAGCCCGGUGCCAAGGACCUCGUCGUUACCGACGGUGUCAUCGAGUUUGACAAUGUGCAUUUCUCAUACCACGGCCGCGAGGGCGUCACGAACGCGCUCCGCGGCGUCUCGUUCCGCAUCGGCAAGGGCGAGAGCCUCGCUCUCGUCGGGGAGUCUGGAGCCGGCAAGUCGACCAUUCUUCGCCUUCUGUAUCGCUUCUACGACAUCGAUUCGGGUACCAUCCGUAUCGACGGCCAGGACAUCUCCCAGGUCACCCAGAAAAGCCUGCGUCGCGCCAUUGGUAUCGUGCCCCAGGAUAGUGUACUGUGGAACGAUACGAUUGGCGCGAACAUUGCGUACGGCAAGGAGGGUGCUACCGAUGAGGAGGUCAUUGCCGCUGCCAAGGCCGCACGCAUGCACGACCGCAUCAUGUCCUUCCCCGAGGGCUAUGAGACCAAGGUUGGCGAGCGCGGUGUCCGUCUUUCGGGCGGUGAGAAGCAGCGUGUCUCGCUCGCCCGCAUGUUCCUCAAGUCUCCCACGAUUCUGGUGCUCGACGAAGCGACCUCUGCCCUCGACACGGAGACGGAGCGCGAGAUCCAGAAGGCGAUCGCCGAUCUGUCCCGUGGUCGCAGCAGCCUCUCCAUUGCCCACCGCCUGUCGACCAUUAUUAACUCGGACCAGAUCGUCGUCAUGAAGGACGGUCUCGUCGAGGAGCAUGGAUCUUACGGGCAUCUCAUGGACCUCGAUGGGCACUUUGCGUCGAUGUGGCGCAAGCAGAUCCACACCGAGGCUGAGAUGGUUGCUGCCGCCGAGGGUGACGAGAAGCGCAGUCUGAAGGGCAGCAAGAGCAAGGGCAGCAUGAAGAGCAAGAGCAGCGGAAAGAGCAAGGAGGCCGAGACUCUCAAGCCGACAUCGAUCAUCGAGAAGGACGACGCGGAGCCCUCUGCCGCCCCGACAACAUCUUUCCCUGCUGACGACGAUGAUGAGACGUACAUUCCGCGCGCCAGCCCUCCCAGCACCGUUCACGAGGAGGAUGACGACACGCCCAAGGCUGACUUCCCAACGCUGGAGGAGGCUACCGACGCAAAGGUCGGGCCGUCUACGCCUGCGAAGAAGCCCGAGUCCACCAAGGAAUCCAAGGACGUUGCCGAGCCUGAAUCCUACGCCGAUGCCAUCAAGUCAACGCCACCAGCCGCCCCCAAGGCAACCACCCAGUUCCCUGGCAGCAACGAUGACGAUGAGCCGGCUGCCAAGGAGAACCCCGCCAAGAAGUCCGAGGGCAAGAAGGCCGGGAGCAAGGCGUCCUCUGUCCAGUCGACACCGAAACGCAACGACAGCGCCACCGGGCAGUCCCCUAACACGGGCUUCCCGGGUGCCAGUUUCCCCGGAGUUCGGGACUCGGGCGACUGGAGCUCGAGCAGCCCGACGCAGCGCGCGGACACGCCGCCGCACAGCUCGAGCCCGCUGCAACCCAGCUCACCCGACGAGCAGCCCGAGGGCGGAAAGCGUCGCAAGCGUCUGUCGUCGAUCCGCGCGUUCGCGCGCCGGAUGAGCGACAAGGAGGUGCCGAUCCUGAGCCGCAGCAGCAGCACGCGCGAGCCGCGCGGAUCCACCGACACCGGUCGUGAGAGCUUAGACAAGAAGAAGGGAAAGGACUAG